AUAUCUGCAUUUCCAUGGUGGAAGAUAUAUACUGAGUAAGGUUGCAUCAAAUAUGACAGAAAAUCUGUGGCAGUCUGUCAUUGAGGUCUUGAGGAAAGUUAUGGAUUUUGUCACAGCAAGGAAUCUUGUUAUAGAGAGAAGCCCAUGUCAAGGGUUUGUGGCAAAUCUGCAAAAUAUUUUUCAUAUAUGGGCUGAGGUCAUUUCACCUCCUACACUAGCUCCAAAAGAAACUAGAACAGAUUCAAAACCCAGAGCUUCACAUGGACGAUAUAGACCACCUCAUUUGAGGAACAAGGAUGGAGGAGAGAAUGAUUCACUGGAAGGUCGAAAUUCAGAUAGUGAAUAUUCUCGGAUAUCUGCCGUGCAUGAUCCAAAGUUACUUACUUCACAAUGGCCAGUACUUUUGCCUGAGAAUGAUGUUCUCCAACAAAGCUUUGAAGACCAAAAGUAUGAUGCUAACUUUGGGCCCUCUGGACCCAAAGAAGAAUCAUCAAUCAAGGAAAGAUGUCUUGUGGCUGGAAUAAAGGUAAUGGAUGAAUGUCUGCGUGUUUCAUCUGGAUUCAAAGGAGCAGAUGACAUCAAAGAAUGCAGAUUGCUGGAUAUUCAGCAAAUUUCUGACUGUACCAUAAAUAAAACUAUUAAGUCUGCACCUCACUUUGAAAUGGAAGCUGCUGGAUCAUCACAGAAUUGCUCUUUGGACAUAACACUUGAACUAGCCGUUGGAUCGAGCUCUAGCCUACCAGGCAAGUUCAUAGAUGCCAUUGAGUUCAAUACACAUAAUUCAUCAACUCCACAUCCAUACCAGAUUGUCAGUUUUAGCCACAAGGAAUACAGAGAUAAUUGGAGAUCGAUGUUCAUUGUGAAACAAGUAAAAUCAAACGCUGUUAGAGCUCUUGGUUAUCUUUCAAGAUUUAUCAGAUUCAAUUACCAGGCUGCCACAAUAAAUGACCCAAGUGAUUCAGUUUUUAUGGAGAUCCGUGUGGCUCAAAGAAUGGUGCAGGCUUUGGUGUCUUGUGUGACAACUGGGAAUGUAAAGGUCCAAUGGAAUGUUUGCCAUGCCCUUAGCAACUUGUUCAUGAAUGAUACCUUGAGACUUCAAGACAUGCCUUGGGCAUCUAGUGUUUAUAGCAUACUUCUACUUCUAAUCCGUGACUCCAACAAUUAUAAGAUAAAGAUGCAUGCAGCUGUUGCUCUAGCAGUUCCAGUGUCAAGGCUUGAUGUUGUUCGAGGCCUUGUGCAUGCUCUCGAGUCAUUGAAUUCAAACAAUUCAUCAUUACCUUCAAAUUUCAAACAGAAAGACAACCUUGAGAAGCAGCUUGCAUUUACUGCUCUUCAUUUGCUUAGUUUUGUGUCACCAAAUGAUGAUCCAAGCCUGAAAGAUUUUCUUACAAAGAAAGCGUCGUUUCUAGAAGACUGGCUGAAAUCAUUAUGCACAUCAUUCAAUAAUGAGCACCAGCCCUUGCCAACGGAGGCCAUAAAUGAUGAGGAUGGUUUCAGCCCAAACGUGACUCAGAAAGUUAUGCUCUCCUCUGCCCUGCAGUCCUUGCUUGGCAUAUACACGGGCAGAAACCAGCAAGUCAUUACCCAGAGAUUUGAGCAACUAGCUAGAAGCAUCGCGUGA